UUCAACAUGGCGGACAAAUGUCUUAAAAAUGGAGUGCGCUAAUCUUAUCUCUGAAAACAGAGGGUGUUUAACAGGACUUAGUCCCUGCAUUUGAAGAUGCUUGUGUUCAGAAUAACAGAAGUUACAGAGAGAAUUUGAAAUUAAGGUUAUGAAAACAAAAAUGUCGGACGGCAAGCCUGAGGAUACCAAGGCUGAGCCAGGAGAGUUUGAGCACUACCACCCACAACACCCUCUACCAGAGGGCAUUCGAAAGAUGGAACAUGAUGACACUAUAUGUAAGUACUGUGGGGUGAGCUACCUCAUCCACAAUGAGAUCAAAGCCAUGGAGGCAAAGUUAAAGAAGACAAUUGCCGAGAUGGAGCAUUACAGAGGCAGUAUGGAGAGAGAAAAACAGCUCAGGAUUGAUUAUGACCGACUAAUGGGAGAAACAAAGGAACUACGGGAAAAUUCCCAAAAUAUGGAGAACAUUAUAUCCUCACUCAGAAGUUCCUUAAAAAAUGAGGAAGAACUUUCAAACCACCUGAGAUUACAGAACCAGAACACUCAGGGAGAGCUCAAUAGAACUAUCACAGAGAGAGAAAGCUACAGACUAAAAUUUACCUUAUUUGAGGAGAAACUUCCCUAUAUAAAGACCCAACUAGCUUCCCAACGACAGGCCAUGAGGGAUGUACACAAGUUUGUAGAGGAACGGGACACAAACGUCCAAACUGAAUUACAACUACUACAGAAAAACAUUAUAGAGAAAUACCAGUCUGAACAAAAAGGAAUGUCCUCGCUUCUGGAGCAGAUUGAAAAACUAGAAUCUGAGAAAUCAGAAUCCUCAAUGCAGUCAACAAUGAUGACAGAAAAGGUACGGCGCCAGGAGAAAGAACUGAAGUCCCUGUCCAAUGUCCGGGACGAAAAUUCCAAACUACAGCAAAAGUGUGACAGUCUAGAAACCUGUAUUAAAGACAUCAGACAACAACUGGAUGAUGCAGUAUCGACUACUCGUCAACUUAACUUACAAAGUCAGCAAUUCAAGGACAGUCUAAGAAAUAAAGCCCAGGAGAUCGAAGAUAUAACAGCACAAUCUAGGAGGAAGGAGCAGAACACAGAAAUGACAUUACAAAAACUACAAAGUGACUUAAAAAAGAAAGAUACAGAACUGAUGACACUGACCAAAGAGAUGAAAUCAAUAGAGUCUCGGUUUAAAGAACAGAAAAGGAAGGAGGAGGAAAUACACAGAAAGGCAACCCUCACCGUCACGGAAACACGAGAACUGAAGAAUAUUUUGGCAAAAGCUGAGGAAGAGAUCGAACAACUAAAGGGAGAGAGAGAAUCUAUGAUUAUGUCCCAUCAAAACCGGAUAGAACAACUGCGAGAGAGCUUUAAACAGAAGAUGUUUGAGGCAGAGUGUUGGCCAGAAAAGCUGGAGGAGGCGUUACAGAAGGAGCGAGCCAAGCAUGUGGCCUCCCUGAAUGCUAUGGAGGAACGACUCAAGGAAAACUUCAUUCUAGAAAUUCAGAUUGAGAAAGAAAAGUACCAGGAACUUUUGGGAAAAUAUCAGAAUUCUAACAAAGAACAUGAGGCUGUUUUGAAAGCUCAACUUAACUCCCUGGAGAGUAAAUAUCGGUCAGAGAUUCGAGAUCUACAGAAGUUCCUGUCGGACACCAAAGAACGUGCUAAAGAUAGUGAGGACUCGUUACGAAAGGAGGUCCAGAGUCUCAAGUCUAUUAUACAAAACCUCGAGAACAGAUUAGGGCGUUUGGACAUUGGGAAUGAGGAGAUGAUCUCCACUCUGAGACAACAGCUGAAAGAGACCCACCAAGAGUUGGAGGAUACCAGACAACAGGUGGAAGACCAAGCUGGCCAGCUAAAGACUGCCCAAGAGGAGAAUGCCUUUCUCCAAGAGACGGUGAGGAAGGAGUGCGAGGAAAGAUUUGAAUUGAUGGAGAAAUUUAGCGAGGUCAAGGAAGAACUUCUCCACCUGAAGAAACCAUCAGGUGGAUAUUCUUCAUUGAAUUCAUCUCGGAACUCUUCAGCUGCAAACCUUAAGAGGUCAGGAAGUUUCAAUACUCGGAAGCCUAGCCCUCCUGAAGAGGGGCUCUCCCGACGGGAUAGUGAGGGUGCAAGCCCUAUGAAGACCAAAACCCCAUCAGCACCCUCUAACAAGGAGCUUGGUCCAAGUACAAACAAUGAAUUAACAUUCGGUGGAGAAUCAGCAAAAGUUUCAGGACGGUUAAAGGGCAACUCUCUUGCAGAGAACCGCCGUCGUAUAGCACAGAUACUUGGACGCAGGGAAAAAUAGUUGGGAGACCUAUUAACUCAUUCACCCCUGAAGACAGAUUUGAACUCUUCCAAAUCAAAGGUUGGAAUAGUUCAUUAUAGAAUUUCAGGGGUGAAUGAGUUAAAUAUAAUAUGUGAAUGCCAGUAUGUGCCAACUAUCUGUAUCUUGUAAAUAUGUGCUGUACAUUUUAAGAGGGUAUCUAUGGUAGCAUAUUUCUGCCAUCGACUUAAUUAUGAGUCAGGUAUGUCAACUUAAUUUUUCAAAGAUGUCCUAAUAAAAUAAGAAGAUGUUGAUCUAUUCACAGAUUAUGUGGACAAAAUUUGUAAACUAUAUAGUCAUAUGCCCCGCCAUAAAAUGGGGGUGGGGGCAUAUAGUGUUGCCCAGGUCCGUCCCGUCUCAACUCACUUAGCAACUUCAUUCUUUCACAUUUUUUCGUCCAACUUUAUAUAUUAUCUAGUUUUAGACGAUUUUGCCGAAAUAUUAUCACAUAUUGGUAAAUAGGUGACUCAAGUGCAGCCACUAAUAAAUCUAGAUAAUAAUGCUGAUAUAGAAAAAGGCAUAUUGGCAAUCAAGUCUAUUUAAGGUGAUCUUAUAGUACAUCACAUGAAAUUUUUUUGGAAAAUUAUUGGUUAUUUGUGACUUCCCCUAUUCUGUUUUGCAUAAACAGGUGGCAAGUUGAUGUCGCAUGCAUCCAUCUACACGUACUUACAUGAUAAAAUCUCAACGAAAAUUGUCUCAGAAAAUGUUAUAAUGUUGAUUAUAUGAUCUCAAAGUUAUUGUGUCAUAGAUAAUGUCGACAUCUUUUUAAACUUUUGUCCACAUAUGUAACCUGAAAGUUGUAAGUCAAUAGCAGAAAUAUGCCACAUAGAUAUCGAAAGAAUGGUGGUGACUGGUUAAUUAUUAUUUAUAUCCUAUAAAAUAAUUCUCGAGAUUAUUUUACAUGGUUAAUCAAGAGGAUUAUUUUUAAUAAUGAAUUUCUGGAUCAGCUUUUUGGAAAGCUUUGAUAUAUCUUUGCCAGGUUCUUCAUCCCAAGCAACUUUGUAUAUAUUGCAAUCAUACAAGGCUUGAAAUGUUGAUCAAUGUUUUGCCUUGUUGAUUGUGUAUGUCUACAUAAUCUUAAAUGCUAUACAAAGUCUUUUUUCAGAUUGAAAUAUAUAAACAUAUACAUGUAUAUGUAUACUAAGCUCUUCAGUGAUAUUGAGGGUGCAGACAAAGACAUAUGUGACAUGUCCAGUCGUGAUAAUUGAUUGGACAAUAUGAUACAUUUGUAACUUUGAUUUAUUCCAUUUUUACAUGUUGGUGACUGCCAUUCAAUCUAAUUGAAAUUAUAUAUUCGCAUUACUGCCGUUUACUGAUACAUUCUGUACAACGUAUUUUGUGUGGACAUGUCAGUAAACGGGAGCGAUGCUAAUUUCAAUUAGAUUGACUGCUAAUGUCAUUAAACAUGUGAAAAGAACUAUUCACAUUUGCAUUUUUUGGGGUCUGCUGAGAGAUUGAAAUAUUUUUUAGAAAUGUACUAUACAUGCUUUUUAAAUUGGUUCUCCAAUGUUCCUAAUGUACAUUGUUGAAAAGAAUUUUAGGUGUUUGGUGAGAUUUUGUCGUAGAUACCAGACUACACAAUGCUCAGCAAUAAAUUCCAAAGAGACUACAACAAAUAUUAGCAAUAUUUUUGUCCCAAUCUUCUGAUGACUAUGUCAAACAUGUUUUAUAGAAUAGCUUUAUUUUGUGGUUUCAAUUCAUUUUGACCACUCAUUCAGUGGCCGAUCCAGAAACCUUUCUGG